UGAAUCCUGUCACUGACUCCAACAAGUACCAGCAGACGAGACAAUGCUAAGCCAUCCUAUCUGCCUUUCCAAAAUCCUCUACAACGAAACUAACUUCGCCAAACGUCGACAUGUCGGAUUACCCACCUCAAGAUGCCUUCUACGGCGCCGUCGGAGGCGCCGAUGAGUAUCUAGAUGCCAGUUUAAUAUGUGGCACUCAAAGCUCAAAUGUCUAUGAAAAUGAAGAGUACAUUGCCAACUUUGACCUAGAUCUUCUGGCAGCCGAACUAUGGCCUGAGUCGAGCGUUGCAGGAGCAACAUCCGACUCGGCGUCUUCUGAAGGAGGCAUUUUCAAUUCCACAUCUAUCUGUUCGCAAGACGAGGAUUUCUUGGGUCUUGGUGCAAUAAACCCCAAUGACUUGUUUAGCAGUAAGAUGCAACCGUCAUAUCCAUCGUCUCACACCACAGACGAAUAUGUUCCUUAUCAGUAUUGCGAGCAGCAAACUAUUUCUUACUCUUAUCAGCCAGUGUUGCACCUUUCUCAGUAUGAUGACAAAUUGGGAGAAUCUUUUCAGCAAAUGAAUAUUUCUCAGCCAUACGAUCAGCAUUCUGGGUAUGCUCAUCAUAAUGACCAACAGAUGGGUGUAUAUCAGCAACCUCAUCGACAGUCGGGUAUUUCUUACGAGUGUGACCAACAGUCUGAUGUGUCUGGAAGUGUCACUUCAAAGAAACGGAAAGGCUAUCGACAUCGGCAUCAGCGUCAGUUCCUCAGCAGCGUUGAGGAACGAGAUCGGCGGUCCCGCGUUCUCAACAACGAGGCUUCGGCCAUUUACCGAAGGAAGAUGCACGAUCUCCACGACAAAGCUCGCAUGGAGCUGGAUAACCUUGAGCAGAGGAACCAGCAACUGACGCAGAGGUUCCGCCUCCUUCAGAAGUUCUGCUCCGGUUACAGGGCUCGCUUAGCGUCUUUCGGCGUACCAGUAACAAGCAGUUUCUGAUCUUAAGUCACCUGAUUUUAUUAAAGUCAACACAUUCCUCCAUUAUUAUGUCUGUCAAAUGAAAUUAUUCAUAUGUUUCCCAAAUGAACUAUAAAUAAAUACUUCCUCGAGUUAUUAACUCCCCAUAAUCAUAAGAUCCUUUUUCACUAAUU